AUGUCAUAUACCUACCACCUCGACUACAACCGGCACGCCCUCCGCAGCGACGACCUCUCCAUCCGGCCCUACCCGUCUUCCAAACUCUCCAGCACCCCCCCGGCCGUCCUCCACGCCAGCGUGCACCACAAGCACCUCACCCUCCGUACCGCCAAGGGCCAAGGCCAGAAGAAGAAGAAGCAGACCGUCGUCGCGACCGCCAAGUACCCGGCCGACAAACCCACGAUCCAGAUCACCGCCGCGGCCGCAGGGCGCAAUGUCGUGACGCUGAACCACUCGUACGCGCAGUUCGACGCGCGCGGCCACUCGCGCGAGAACCCGCGCCCCCAGCGCAGCUUCUGGCGCCGCCGCAUCAAGGACGGGUCGCGCGGGUGCUACGUCACGACGCUCGGCGACGGCACGCGCUUGCGGUGGGAGCCGGCCGAGGAAGGGGAUGGGGAUGGGGAUGGGGAUCUCGGCAGGAACAAGAAGAAGAAGAAGAUGAAGUCGAGGGCGGAUCGGAUGAGGCCGAGGAUGCGGUGCGUGCUGGUGGAUGGGCGGGGUGUCGGCGUGGCGGUGCUGGGCGAGAUGAUGCCGACGAAUGAUGUGGUGAGGUUGGCGGGGAGGGGGGAGCUGGCGGGGGAGGGGGGGUUGUUGGGGGUGUAUGUGCUGUUGGGGUUUGUGAGCUUGUACGAGAGGGCGAGGGCGAGGGAUAAGAAGAGGGCGGAGGAGUAUGAGAUGGAUCUUGGCUUUUUCUUUGAUGCUAUUGCAAGUGGUGGAGACGGAGGAGGUGGAGGAGGCGAUGGGGGUGGAGGAGGAGGAGAUGGUGGAGGCGGCGGUGGUUCAACGUGA